GUGUUGUCUUUAGUAACGAUUGUGUGCUGUAUUGUUGUGUCCAAUAGUAUUCACGUAUUGUUUACUUGCAAUCAUCUGAUGUCUUGUAUAUACACUGUAUGUAUGUUUGAGAGCCUAUUAUAGAGAGAGCAAUGAAUGACAACAACAAUAAAGAGAGACUGAGUUUACAGUUAUUAGUGUUAUAGCCUUGAGUCGAGUGAAUCGCACAAUAAAACACUUGUUUUUAUAUUUAAGGAUUUAUAUGAUUUAAAUUUAAUAUCAAAUAUAUAUUUUUAUUUUAUUAGUCUAUCAUUUGUUUAAUUAAUUUGUCAUAUGAUUUACUAUUGGAUUCAUUGAUUAACAUAUUAAGUGAUUGAGUUGUGUAUCUGAUUGCGUAAUACGACUGUUGAAGACAUUGUUGUUGUGAUUGAUUGAAUCAAUUCCUGUCUGUCGAGUGAAUCACUCGUACGUCGUCUGAAAUCCUUUGCAUCAUUUGAUUGGCGAAUCCAAUCAAUGCAAACAAAUCGCGACUCUAAAGCCAAGACAUCGGUCAAGAGUAGUAGUAGUAGUAGUAGUAGUGAUCAUAAUAAACAUCACAAAGGAGUUAAUAAUAACCACAAGAAAAACAACAAUAAACCAAAUCUGAGAGUACGUCCCACAAAACAGUUGUGUGGCGAACGUCUCGCUUGCAAAGGUGCCAAACCUGAAGCUCAAUAUCUAUGUCGUGACUGCAACUCAUAUCAGUGCAGUCUAUGCGAAGAACUAUUGCAUGAAAAUCGUGGACUCGAGUCUCACGAUAGACAGCGACUGGUCGUAACUGAUGAUCAAAUCAUUUGUGACAAUAACUGUCAAACCAGAAACUUAGCUGACAUUCAUUGCGUUGAAUGUAAUAAAAACUUUUGUUUUCUUUGCGACCAAUCACUGCAUACAUCACAUAAUAAGAAAAAACAUCAAAAGAAACCCAUUGAACAAAACGAAGACAAAGAGGACAGCGACGAGUUUUAUUCGUGUCAAUACAUAUCAUCCAAAGGUGAUAGUAAACGAAAAUCUGAGGCAACGGAGCCUUUAGAUAAUAUAGAUUUGAAUUCGAGCGGUGAGGAGGAAGACGAGCCAUCGCUCAGAAAUCAAUGCAAUGGAACGGUUGGAUCCGAUGAAGUGGUGAUUAACAAAUGUAAAGGUAAAUCAUAUUCAGAAGAUAUCGCACAGCUAUCUAUAGAUAGUCCCAUCAAUGGUCAAACAUGCGGUAAAAUGACGAGAACUGGUACUCUUAUAAUGCAUUCGGAUAUCAGUGAACCCGAUGUCCGCCAAAGUUUUUUUCUGAUCGAUGAGAAUGAACUGAUGAAAGUUAGUUCCAGUGAUGAGUUUGCAGCCAAAAUGGGUUGCUCUCCAACGGCACUCAUCAAAGUGGUCUCAAUUUUUGGAAAUACUGGCGAAGGCAAGUCUCACACUUUGAACUAUACAUUCUUCGAGGGAAAGGAGAUGUUUAAAACAUCGGCCGCACAAAACUCGUGCACAAUAGGCAUCUGGUGUGCAUACGAUCCAUACGCUAAAGUUAUUACAAUCGAUACGGAAGGACUACUUGGCAUAUCCGAGAACAACAAUCGACGCACUCGUCUUCUACUCAAAGUAUUGGCCAUUUCUGACAUAAUAAUCUAUAGAACUCGUGCCGAACGACUCCAUGAAGACCUGUUCACAUUCCUGGGCGACGCAUCACGAGUUUAUGUCCAACAUUUUUCCAAAGAGCUCAAAGCAGCCAUUCAGAGGUGCAAACUGUUGUGUCCUCUUUCCGAUCUGGGACCAACUGUUAUCAUAUUUCAUGAGACACUACACACUGAAACUCUUUGCACUGAAAAUGAUCUCACACCUGAAGAUUACAUAAGAAAGCGCUUCCAACAAUCGGAUCAGUCUAUAGAAGCUUUUAGUGCACUUGAAUACGUUGGAACUCAAACCAUAACACCGCCGACUAAUUUCAAACCACUCCAAGAGACUGUUAGACGACAUCUCAACAAUACAACAGUUCGCUCGAGUCGUACUUCAGCUGCUGUAUUCACGGCCUUAAAAAUGUUAAACGAAAAGUUUUCCGGAGAUAUAAAUAAAUGUGUUUCGAAGCCAUUCUUUGACGAGUAUUUCAAGUGUUCUUCGCGGUGUAUGUCUUGCAACGCUCAAUGCGAUCACUCGAUGAACCAUUUGUCCGAUGGCAAGUCACACACGGCUUCACACAAAUGCAAAUAUCAACACCAAUACAAUAACCAAAUCUUUAUUUGCAAAGAUUGUAAUGAUAGGGGAGAGCAAAAUAUAGUGAUCCCUAAGACAGCAGCAUCUGAUGAGUCCACUUGGCUCGGUAUUGCUAAAUAUGCGUGGAGUGGCUAUAUAUUAGAGUGCAAGUUCUGCGGUAUUAUAUACCGGAGCCGACAAUAUUGGUACGGAAAUAAAGAGCCAACCGAACAGAGUGUUGUUCGUACAGAAAUACAACACGUCUGGCCUGAUGAACCAAUGCCAUCUCAAGGUUCCCAAAAUGUUGGUCAGAGAGCAAUUGAUACAUUGGGUUAUGUGUCGACAAGUGUCUCACAGAUAACAGCCGGACCAUCAAAAGUAUUGGCUGAUUGGAUGGCAGAUAAGAUUGCACCGGCAUAUUGGGUACCAAAUAACAGAAUUCAGCAUUGUGGCGGAUGUAAGAAAGAGUUUCAACCUUUGGAUCAAAAGCAUCACUGCCGUUUAUGUGGUGGAGGCUAUUGCGAAGAUUGUUCGUCAAAGAGUCGUCCGGUUCCCGAACGUGGAUGGGGUGACCAACCGGUCAGAGUAUGUGACGAAUGCUUUGAAAAGGGUGAAAGAACAGUGGAAUCACCCAAUACUGAAGUGACCCCUCGUAUUGUGGGAGAAAUGAUACAAAACGGCAUCGAAACUAUUGUUCAGGCAAUCGAUUAUCCCAUUGAAUGGAUCAAAGACACGGCUCGACCUGAAUAUUGGAUUCCCGAUAAAGAUAUCACUAAUUGUUUUGUCUGUAAAAUCGAGUUUAACGAAAAGUUAGCAAUACAUCACUGCAGAGCUUGUGGUCAAGGAGUCUGUGAUUGCUGUUCCCAAACUCGCAGAUCAGUUCUUGAAAGAGGUUGGGAUACAUCGGUUCGGGUUUGCGAUGACUGCCAAAAGAAGUCUACUCAUCAAUGAUAAUAUUAUAAUGGAUUGUUGUUGUUGUUGAUGUAAUUACGGUAUUUGGUUUUAUUAGAAUUAAUGUACAUUUAAAAUUAGAGGUCAUCUCAGAUGACCGCUUAUUAAUAGCCGACCGAUUGGUUAUAUUGUAAUUAUUGCCGACAUUUGUCUGUCUAUUUAAUUAUUUUAGGUUUACGUUAUCCGUUCAUAUAUCAAGUCAUACAUUUGCACAUAAAUAGCACUCAUUUUGAUUCAUAAUUAAUUAAAUCUAUUAUUACAUAAUAAUAGCAUUAAUUAUAUAUACAAAUAUAA